UAAAUUUGGCGCGCUGCAGCCGCGCAGCUAGAGGUGGUGAUUGAUCUCCGUGGCCGCCUGUCGUUACGGCCGGCCAACCCAGCUUAGCUGCUUGCCUGCAGCGAGCUCCACAACCAUGCAUGGACAUCUGUGUCGGCUUUGCUUUUCAUAGGAAAGAUGUGGUUGGUGGACCCCUAUUUCCUGGGAGGACGUCUCUCUUCCCCUCCUUAAUCGGCAAGGAGGGCCUACAUACAGGAGGAGACCCUCCUCCCCCAACCCCGACGACGCUCGCCGUCGUCCCCGGCCCCCUCCUCCGAACGCCGCGCGGCUGCCGUACGUGCACCCGGCCGGUGACGGACGGCAGCUGCUACGUGUCAUCCAUACACCGCAGUAUACACUCAUCGGAGGAGGAAUAUAUAUAUGUAUCGUAUAUAGUACAUAUACGUAGUAGGCAAGCAUGGAUCGAUCGGACAUGGUGGACAACAUCGUCGGCGACCGGGUGAUGCCGAACAAGCUGCGCAUCGAGAUCGACGACUCCUCGUCGUCGGACGACAGCGACAGGGAGGAACAACACGAAGCACAGGAUGUGGCCGCGGCGAGGGAGGCGCCCCUGCCCCUGCCCCCGACAGCCAGAAGGCGGCUUCUGUCGAAGCAGCUGUCCAUGAAGGAGACCACCAGGGAGGCCAAGUGGGAGAAGCGCCGGCGGCAGAUACUGCGGCGCAGCGGCUUGGUCUCGGUCGUGAGCAGGGAGCAGCAGGAGGGAGACGACGACGGCGGCAGAGGAUGGCGCAACAAGAGCGCCGUCGACGGACUGCAUCAUGUCGUGAGGGCGUCAUCGGAGCGCGCGAUGAGGUGCCUCACCGACGAGGACCUGGACGAGCUGCGGGGCUCCUUCGAGCUCGGGUUCGGGUUCGACGAGGAGACCGGCGGCGCCCACCUCCGCAACACGCUUCCGGCCCUCGACUUCUACUUCGCCAUCAACCGGCAGCUGUCAGACCCCAAGCUGCGCACGGCGAGCCCCACGUCGACGCUGUCGGCCGUGUCGUCGUCCUCUACGCUCCCCGACACCCCGAGCCCACGCAGCCCCAACGACGCCCCGGCCGCCGGGGUCGACCCAUGGAAGAUCUUCACUCCAGGCGACAACCCUCAGCUUGUCAAGACGAGGCUGAGGCACUGGGCGCAGGUGGUGGCCUGCGCCAUCAAGCACGGCUGCUGAGACUCAGAGAGAGGAUCCACUGGCAUUUCAUCAUCUGAUUGGUAAUCCUGUUCAGUCAACGGAUCAUGCCCUGCCGCCGUUUGCACUCUGUUGUAUAGGUGCUUGAUGUAAGUCGUCAUGUUGUUGUCUAUCAUUCCUCGUGUACAGAAGGAGCUUAGUGCCUAUCGUGAAUUGAUGGUACACCGAUCUACCAUGUUUCGACCACAUAAAACUGCUCCCUUUUCUGCCUGCAAACGAUAGGAGUUCAUCUGCAAAGCAAUUGACAGUUUGCCCAGGAUGCUUGAUCGACAAUCAAUGGUUGCUUACGUGUAAUCCCAACAAUUUAGGAUUUGGCUCAACUGGUUAAUUGCCAGAUACAAGGGCUUACAUAGUUUAGCUGUUCAUUGCAAUUGAAACAGCUGCAAACGAUUAAGUUAUGUUGAUAAUGUGGGUU